UUGCCAGCAAUCUUAAGGGGCAUUGCACUUGUCUCGGUCUGACAGCACUGGCAGAGCGCGACCACUGGAGCGGAACUACAGCUGUUGUUUACGAAGCAUGUGACAAACAUGGGAAGGGACAGCGCAAACAGGCCCAUAAACUCGUACAGAUAAGAGUUUAGUGGAAGACCGUAAGAUCACAUGACAAACACCACACAAGGUAUUAGAAAUGUGAAGUGUAUGUUUGGAUGAAGAAGUGAUAAAUAAAGUGUUUGUUCAGACCCUAUCCAUCUUGCAUUGAGACUCUGUCUAGUUGUAGUUUACCACCCCAGGUGUUGUCGAAGUAUGACGUGAACUCGACUGUAGCUGGAAGGUAUUUUAUAAUAAUACAGCUUUGAAUGUUGACUCGUAAAUCAAAGUAGCACUUAUUAUUACGUUGACAACUAACCAAAGUUUUCGCAAUACCAAUCGAUUCCCUUGAUCUUGAGGAGGAUGGCAGUCUCCUUGCUACAACAUCCCAACUUGUAAGGCCAGUGACGAAUAACAUAUCUUGAACUUCAUUCCACAUUGAUGUUUAUAUCUAUCAAUCAAAUGUUUUUUUUUAAUGGCUUUAUAAAAUACAUCAGCAGUCACAAAGUGCUUUACAGAUACCCAGCCUAAAACCCCAAAUACUAUUGACCACAGUGUUUUAUCCCUAAUGUGAAGCAUUGUAGAGGUAUCAAAGACACACGACUUGAAAAGACUACCUUUUAACAGUAUUAUCACAAAAGUAUAUAUUAGUCAUCUCCACUGUCUGCCAUAUAAUGGUAGUAUGUUGUCUUAAUGUACGCCCCAAACAUUUCCUUGGAAUGUUUGUUUUUUGAAGGGGGUGGGGGAUAUACUGGUUAGGACAGGUUGGCCAUGAAAGUGGUUUAUAAUCCUCUGCUGUAUCAUUACAGGAUAAUGUAUAUGAUUAUUAUGGUGAGAAUGUUUCUUGUCAGGGUCUCCCCACUGUUUCAGUGCAUAUCUCAGAUUCCUACCCCACCCCCCCACACCUGUUUUAAGCACCUCUUUGAAACGCCUCCGCCUCCUUAAAGUGCCUCUCUUGCCUGUUCAGGGGGCCUCUGCCACGACUACAACCCAGAUGAAGUCCCUUACUGACAUAUUGCCACCCCUCAGUCCCGCUUUUCCAUUCAUGUAAAAAUACAUUUUUUAAGAAUAAUUUCUAUAGGUUUACAAAUAGGCCUAAUACUAAUUUAAUGUGUUUUAGAUUGUAGUGACUGUGUUAUCAAAGUAAAGAUGUAAACAAGGAGGCCCCUUGCCACAGCGCCUGUCUGGUUUAUGAAGGGUAGUGAUUCACUGUGCUUUCUUAAUUCCCGGUGGAGAACAUGAUGACAAGGUACCUGUAUUUUCCUUAAAGAUCACAGAGGUACAACGUUUUUCUGUGAUAUUUGUCUCCCUCAGGGUGAUCGUAAAGUAGCGCAAUGUAAUCUCUGACAGCAAUUUGACAGAAGCUUGCUGUGUGUGUGUGUGUGUGUGUGUGUCCUUCUAUGCUCAUUUCUCUCAUGUAGACUAAUUUCUACCAAUGCCCCAGGGCAGUGAUUGGGGACAUUGCCCUGUGUAGGGUGCUGUCUUUCGGAUGGGAGGUUAAACAGAUGUCCUGACUCUCUGUGGUCACUAAAGAGCCCAUGGCACUUAUCGUAAGAGUAAGGGUGUGAACCCCGGUGUUCUGGCUAAAUUCCCCAAAGCAAGAGUAAAAAAGAAACGUAACCUAGAGCCAUAGAAUUUGAAUGUCUGACGGUGCAAACUGUUACUGAUGACAUAUAUGGGUGCUAUGUGGUUAUGUUCAAUGUACUUUUAGCCGGUCUUAAAUAUUUACUUGACCAUCAAAGAAACGCAGGUGUUGUCAUUUCUAGUAACAAGGUGGUAAAGAGCGGUUUUGAUAUACUUUUUAAGCAGUAUUUACUGAAACAGAAGUCAACCGUACACCCACAACCAAAUGUUUAAUUUGCCAAGUAACAGAAGUUAAAACGGAAAACUCCAUCUGUUUUGUGAAAAGGGGUUACUUUUGUCGUUCAACCAGGUUUCGUCGGGAAAAUAGCUGUUUUGUAUUACCCCCUUCCGAGUCCAACACACAUCUGAACCGAGCUUAAAGGCCCAGUGCAGUCAAAAACACGAUUGUAUUGUGUGUUAUAUAUAUUGUCAUAUUAUGAGGUUGCAAUAAUAUGUGAAAUUGUGAAAAUAAUGGUAAAUCCCUGUUGUUUGAGCUGUUUGAAAAGACUGUCUGAAAUGUCAUGGUGGAAGGGAGUUUUGGCCUUCCAUGGUGACAUCACCAUGCGGCAAAUUAGUUAAUAGACUAAUAAGAAAGAUGGUUCCAACCCUCUCUGCUAAUAACAGCUAAUUUUCCGUUGCCCCCUCCCCACUCAGAACGCUCCCUGACAGUCCUAGCAAAAUUCCUGCUUGAGAAAUUGCUUGCUAAGAAGCUGUCUUUGUUUGUUUUAAAUUAAAAUGGUCCAAAAGAAUCACAGUAAGAUACUUAAUUCUUACCCAGAAAUGAUUUGAUAUUGAGAUAAAAAAAUGGCUGUAUUCGACCUUUUUGAAAAACUUGGGAAAGUAUUCUGUAUUGGGAAAUGUAUGAACAAAAUUUUGACCUACAUGCAUGCGUCAGGUGAUGAGGUUCAUGCUGUACCGGACUGGUAGUGAUAUGACAUAAGGUGGUGGCCUACAAUGUAUUUGUGAGUUGAGAUCUUCGUCUGAGUAUUUCUAACAGGACCAUAUGCUGCUGGAGUGGGGCCAUAACAUCAAGGAACCCUGCCUCCCCGUGCACGUUUUCAGCCCUCCACGGGGGCCUGGAUGUCACCAUUGUACAGCGCGUUGGAUUUCAUUUGAAGUUUGCCUUUAUUACCCUUGUGUACGCACUUAUAAUAGCGAUUAAUGAGCGCUUUAAUAAUUUCCACAUAUCAAGAAGAAAAUGGUGGUGGAGGUGCAAGGGGUGGAGUUACUUGGGGUCAAUAGCCAAUGGAAAGCACCCAAAUUAUGAGUGGUGUUGAGUACAGUAUUUAUGAACUGUAAAGUUGUCUGGCUGAGACUAGACUGUGAAGAGAUCCAAGUACAGGUAAGUAAGAAUAUGAUUUGCAGAUGAUGUACUUAAUAUGAUAUAUACUUUGAUCAUUAGGGUGGUCAAGAGGCCUGGCUAGGCUAAUUCAAUUCAUAUAUUUAUCAUUAUUGGGAAAGGUUGAUUGCGUACCUAAAACAGCCUUUUCUGUAGUGAAGUGGGAAAAUCUUUAUAUUCCAGUUUAGGCUCCUGUGUAAUGUCAUUAAUCUGUUAUAAGAACAACAAUGAUGAUUGAAGUGAUUCAUGGGGUAAAUUAAAAUCUUGUUGUGAAGUCAUCUAGAUUAGCUAUUAUUUUAUGCAGGUAGUACAGGCUAAUGUUGACGUAGUUUCAAAUAUGAGAGGAACUGGAGCAUUGUGAAUUGUCAGUUCAUCUCUGAUCAUCCUGGCACAUGCAGCUGGUCUGUAUGCCAGUACAACUCUACUGGUUGAGCAUGUUGGUGUGUUCUAUAAUCAAAACAGAAUUCAAGCUAUAUUUUACGCCAGUCAUGCUUCUUCCUGUGUGUUCUCCAGCGCGCAAGGAUGAUUGUUCAGGUUCUCCUGACGGGGACACUAUGCUGCCUACUGCCAGGUUUGCUGGAUGCUACACCUCUGAAGGCUAGAACUGUAGGGGAGGUCAGCAUAGACUCUGACAAGGCUCAUGGCUUCCUGUCUCAGUCACGCUCCAAACGGAACGUCAACCCGGACCCCAAGUGGCACCGCGGCACGCCUGAUUUCCAGUCCUACUACAAAUUCUACAACAGCAUAGGCCAUAUUGAAGGACUGUAUGAGAUUGACAAGAUCAGGAUACUGUAUCAGCAGAUGCGUCACCUAGAGCAGGUCUAUGGGCCAGAUGCCUCCAGCUACCAGAAUGCCCUGGGUGUGAUAACCCCUCCACCUACCACCGCAGCUCCUACCACCACCACAGUGCUUCCUACCACUCAGCCCCCUCCUACUACACCAGCAUCACUUUCUCUAACUGAGGCUGAUGUCAUUUAUCUGUGUAACCCCAAAGAUCCCCUCUGUAAAGCUCACAUCGUUUACCUGCCUACAGGGGCCAUCCCAGUCCUCUGUGACCCACGCUACAACCCUACCUGCAAACCCCAAACCGGCAAGGUGGUCAUAGCCGCUGCCGGACCUACGGAGCCAGCUGUUGAAUCACCUCCCCCACCUCCACCCCCUCCUAAGAAGUCUCUCCCACCUGCUUCUCCCAUUGUCAUUAAAGGGAUGGAGUAUGACUGCGACCCUUACUGGGACCCUGACUGCCUGAUCGAUCACCCACCUCGCUCUGUCCAGGUGACUGAGCCACCACCACCCCCUACUUUCCCACUUGUUGUGGUGGCCCCUGUUGAGGAGGAGGAGGAGGAGGAGGAGGAAGAAAUGGCCACCGAGGAGACAGUAGCACCUUCUGACCCUUAUGAUUGGGGACGUGACUUUUUUGACCCUUACCACUAUUCCGACCCAGCACCUGACCCCCAGUAGACAGUUUUUUGUUUUGUUUAUCUAAGUACAAGCAUAACACAUUAGUACUGCAAUACAACAGAAGGUCAUUUAGGUCGGACUGUGAGCAAAAUCAUAAACACAAUUGUACACAAACACAACAAUUUCCCCACAUGUAUGACCUUUCUCAGUUCCAUCAGAUAAUAUUGUUUUGAGUUGUACAGACAACGGACUUAUAAUAUAUUGUAUUCAACGUGUGUGUCUGUUAUCAAUUAAUAUUAACAAAAAUCAAGUGUCACGUCCCAUUUGAAAUCGUUUUUGGUAAAAGGUCGCCCUCCAGCGGUGAGAACUGAAACUAUAAAUUAAACGAUCUAUCGGGACA